UUGGGCGGUGCUACUCGCUUUUGGCGGGAUCGGGGCCGCGCGUGCGUCGCACGAGCCUGCGUGUCAUCACGUGACGCUAAGAUGCCGCGACAUGGCGGCCCCGGAAGUAGGGGAGCAAGGAAAGGGCAGUGACCGAAGUGACAUGCAAACAAAAGAUGAAGGAAACCAGUUAGUGACAGAGACAGAAGAACAUUUUGAUUCACAAACCGAAGGUACUGAGACCAUAGCCGAGAACAGUCUCCUGCGUAAAGAAGAUGCAGCUGUUGUCUCUGAAGUGGUUGUUGCAUGUCACAAAGUCGCUCCAAAUGGAUGGGAGAAGAUCACAAAGCAAAGACAAUCAGGCAAAACUGCAGGAAAAUAUGAUGUUUAUUUUAUCAGUCCUGAAGGAGUGAAGUUAAGAUCGAAACGUGCACUUGUAGAGUAUUUUCAUAAAACUGGAGAAACCGGUCUUAAACUAGAAGAUUUUGAUUUUACUACUCCUGCUCAAAGUAAUACCAAGGUGAGAGCCAAAAAAUGCAGUGCAAAAGCUGUGAAAACCGCAAUACAGAAAAAGGAACAUGACAAUACAAAACAAGAGUUUAGUGCACAAAAUGGUAAAGGCGGUGGUAGUGUUCAGGUACUUCAGACUAUUGAUGAAGAGCAGGAAAACAUUUCUGUCACGUUCACCCAGGGAACAGAAGACUUGGUCGUUAAAGAAUGUAAACCAAAGGAUGAUUCUUUGGAGGUUAAAGAAAAUGGGAUAAUUGAAAAAAGAGUUCAAAUUAAGAAAGCUAGAAAAAGGUCAGAAAAAAAGAAUCCAGCUUGUACCCAGAACAAAAGACAGAGAAAAAUACCGUGUAAUAAACAAGAAGUUGACAUAAAUAAAAGCAAAACAUUCCAGAGAAAGAAUAAUGCUUGUGCUUCUGAUAGUGGUGAUCAGAACUCAAAUGAUGUGGAUACAGGAAAGUGUGGGGGAGACUCAGGAAACGCAUUGACAUCGGACUCCCAAUCAGAGGUGAAUCUUGGAGCAGUCUUAGCUCACUCAGAAGAGGCAUCAGGAACCACAGUGGAGUUAGCCUGCUCAGAGAGGAGUUCUGAUGAUACAGCUACAAAAGACUCUGAGGAGAACUCUGCAGAAUCAGAAUUUGGGCAGGGGAAGGAUGAAAUGCUUUUGCAGAGCCAGGACUUCAAAUCUAAUGCUCAAACAGAAAUCAGCAGUUCACAGCCUUGUGACAAGAAAAGUUUGACAUCAGUUAAGUUGCUGAAAGAAGAUUAUGGCCCAAGAACACAGGUGGACAGAAGGAGAACCAGCCCAUAUUUUUCCAGUAAAUACAAUAAAGAAGCUCCAAGCCCACCUAGGCGGAAGGCCUUGAGAAAAUGGACUCCUCCUCGGUCUCCUUUUAAUUUGGUCCAGGAAAUACUCUUUCAUGAUCCCUGGAAACUCCUCAUUGCAACCAUAUUUCUCAACAAAACUUCAGGUAAAAUGGCAAUCCCUGCACUCUGGGAGUUUCUGGAGAAAUACCCUUCUCCUGAAGUCACAAGAACAGCUGAUUGGAAGGAAGUGUCAGAGUUGCUUAAACCUCUUGGCCUCUAUGAACUGAGAGCGAAGGCCAUUAUCAAGUUUUCAGAUGAGUAUCUGAGCAAGCAAUGGAAGUACCCUAUUGAACUGCAUGGAAUUGGAAAAUAUGGAAAUGAUUCCUACAGAAUCUUUUGUGUUAAUGAGUGGAAGGAGGUACACCCACAAGAUCACAAACUAAAUAUAUAUCAUGCCUGGCUCUGGGAAAAUUAUGAAAAACUGAGUCUUGAUUGAAAACUGUGUUAACUAGCUUCAGCGUUUAACUCCUUGCCUCUUUCUUCAUAUCCCAAUAAAAUGAAGUGGAAAUGCCUGCUCUACACACUUACAGUUCAGAUCAUUGAGUGCUUGGAUCCCAGUAUUUUUGUCAAAUAUGUUUUGCAAUGUAGGUAAUAAUUGUAAUUAAAUGUUGAUAACUAUUUUUUUAUAUUUUUAAAUAAAUGUUUCUACUUUUUAA